CAGAGGAGUGGAUCCGAGCUUCACGGCAGUCAAAAUGUGGGGCAAGUUGGUGCUGAUCGUGUUCCUCGCCGUGAUAUUGCAGCAUGUCGUGAGAUUCUUGUUUUUGAUAAAUACUUUUCAAAAGGUGUUCAAUCAUGCCCCAGGACCGUGUCGGAAGUUACCCAGUGUUGUGAAUGGAUCUGAAGACGCAUACGUGUUGUCUAAUGGAUUGCUUUUCAUAUCAUCGGGCUUUGGACACUCUGGGAAGAUCCUCAGACUGGAUCUGGACGCGGAUGUCACUGAUACAGAGGAGUUCCGGAUAGAGGGAGACUUUGACCCUUCUUCUCUCUCCCCUCACGGUUUAAGUGUGUGGCAGAACCCCAAAUCUGGUGAGGUAACACUGUUUGUUGUAAGUCAUGCCAGAGCUGGGGAGAGAGUUGAGGUAUUCCGCCAUGAUGGAACCAAGACAUCCAAGGUGCUGAAGCACCUGAGGACCAUUACAGACCCCGACUUUAAAACAUUAAACGAUUUGGUGGCCACUGGUCCGGACUCAUUUUACGCUACCAUAUGCUACACCUUCGGUCUUGCGGUAGACUUCCUGCUUCUUUACCCUGGGGGUGGGGUACUUCGUUAUGACCAUGGCAAGACUACUGUCUUAGACACAGGACUGGUCUUAGGCAAUGGCAUCAACAUUUCCCCUGAUAAACGGUAUCUUCAUGUGGCAGAGAUAGCACGAAGGAACAUUGUCACCUAUGAAAUACAGGCAGAUAAAACAAUCAAGCGUGCACAGGUAUUUGACACUCAGACUGGCCCAGACAAUAUUCACGUGGAUCCAGACACUGGUGAUCUGUGGAUAGGAGGUCAUCCUAACAGUUAUCUCGCAUCCUUUCAUCUGUCCGCACCGGAGAAAAACUACCCUGCAUACUCCCAGGUUUUAAGAAUGAAGGUAGAUCGUGGUAAGAUAACAAGCGUUAGAGAAGUCUAUGUGAACGACGGGUCUGAGAUUAUGGCUUCUAGCAUAGCCAUCCCCUACAAGAAAACACUGUUUAUUGGAUCGGUGAUUGAAGGAGCCGUCGUGUGCGAGCUGAUUUACCCUGGAUAAACCUGUGUAUCGCAUGACACUUGUAUAAAUACAGGAAGUCCAACCUUACAACUGCGUUUGCUAAAAACAAAUAUUUUAAACGCAACCUAAUCCAUCCUUUGCUGUGACACGUCCAUAUAUAAUUACAACCUUAGUCUUGUGCCGGCGUCGAAGGUAUGACCGUAUUGCAACGUUAUAAAUACCGGUAACUACAUUAAAGUAAAUAAACAUGCAAAUAUUUGCUCAGCCAAAAAAAAAAAAAAAAAGAAAAAAAAUCUUGGUUACUUUUGCGACCAUGUGUGUUUGGUUUGAUCGAAACAACAAGGACAUGAUUAUAUAAAGGUGUGACUGGA